AUGUCUAGCGAAGAAAGGAUUACAUCGCUUCGUGAGCAAGCUCAAGCAAAGCGUAAGGGAAAGCAAUACAAGCAAGCUCUUGAUCUAUAUGAUGAACUCCUCCAAUUAGUAUAUAAAGAUGGAGAGCUGAUGAAUGAAACAAUAUGCAGAGAUUUUAUUCACUAUUCAGAAUGCUUAAUCUACAGCCAAACACCAGGCCAUCUUGCAGAUGAAGAAGAUCUAGAAAUUGCAUGGGAUUGUCUCGAAAAAGCAAGACUUGGAUAUGAAGCCAUGCCUGAUUCUAAAGAUAAAUUUAUUGGACUCAUUGAUACGCAUGAUCUUCUUGGAGAAUUAACACUUACAAACAAUAAUUACCAAGAAGCACAAGAUCAAUUCAAACAAUCUGCUGAGAUUGGUUUAGCACAUCCAGAAAUAUCAUGGCGUCUUCCUCUCAAUUCAUUAUUCUGCCGCUCAAAUGCUUUAUUGUAUCAGAGAAAGGUGAAUGCCGCAUAUGAUGUCUAUCAACAAUUACUUAACUUUAUCGAUGAUCAAUUGAAGUUGGAGCUUCCUGAUGUUGAUAAAGCCGAUCUUAAUGAUUUCAAGAAAGAAAUAGCUGGAAGACAGGAUAAAAUCAAGAACUUGAGAACCCCACAUGCAAAUACCUAA